CAUUGUUUUCCCCACCCGCCAUCAUCAUGGCGCAACAGCCGCAACCUCAGUACCACUACUACACGAACGCGAACUACGCGAGCCCGAACGUGCAGUACCAGACGCCCGCACCCCAGCAACAACAACAGCAACAGCAGCAACAAUAUGCCUCGUACCAGCUCAACCCGUACAACCAAGCUCCCUUCCAGGCGCAGCCUCCUCCUCGCGGACGCUCGUCGCCCGACCCCGUACCAGACAUGACACCAGAGCUCGCGAGCAAGAUCAUGCGCCGCUUCAUAGCAAGGGAGAUCAAGAAGCGGGGCUUUGAGGGCGUGGAGAACGCGGAAGUGCUGGCGCGGUUUGAGCGCGAGGUUGCUGGACACAUCCAGAACAUCUUCGCGAUUGCGCACGAAUACGCGAAUCUGUCGCAUAGGUCGUACAUUGCGCCGCCGGAUGUGUACCAGGCAUGUCAGGGCGAGGGUCUGACGACGCAGGAUCUGAGAACUAAGGCGAAGAAGAGGAAGAGAAGAGCACCUGUGGACAAGCUUGCGCCGCGAGCAGCAAGGACGCCGUCCCCCGAGCUCCUGCCCUCCGAUGACGAAGAUCAGGCCCACACUUAUCAGGGUGCUGCAAAGGGGCCUCUGACCCUGCGAGACGUGCCCUCCUAUCUGCCCAAGCUUCCACCCAAGCACACGUACCUCAAAUCACCGCCCACCUCCACCCAACAGCGCAGCCAAACAAUGCCCUCGCUCGAGAAGAAGCUCAAGACCGCGUCCCUCGUCCAGGACUCCCUCCGGCACCUCAUGUCGAACACGGAGGGCGUGGCCAUCCCCGAGGCCGACGUCGAGGGCUACGUCAAUUGGGAGCACAAUGUGUACGGACACACCCGCAAGAGGUGGAAGGUCGGGUCUUCGUCAACAUAGUGUUGUGUACGGAGCAUGGGUGUAGAUGCAAUCGGAUGAACGUGUUGAGAUUCUGCGCGA